GCACGUGACAUGACAUCAGGCACGUCACGUGGUUCUCCACGAAAAUAAAACGGAUCCUGCAGCGUAUUUUAGUCCGUUGACUAGUAUCCUGAACGAAAAAAAAUGCUGAGAGCUGCUAAUCUUCGUCCUUCUGCCCGUAGAGUCGGGUUGACUGCUGUUAGAGGAAUGAAAACUUUGAAGAUUGGACUUAUUCCGGGAGACGGUAUCGGAAAGGAGGUCAUUCCGGCCGGAAGACAAGUCUUGGAGGCUCUUCCUGAGUCCGACGGUCUCGAGUUCACCUUUGUCGACCUAAUUGCCGGCUUUGAGAGCUUCAAGGCCACCGGAGUGGCUCUUCCUGACGAGACGGUCUCGAUCUUGAAGAAUGAGUGCGACGGUGCACUUUUCGGAGCCGUCAGCUCUCCCACGACCCGCGUCGCAGGCUACUCUUCGCCUAUUGUGGCUCUUCGCAAGAAAAUGGGACUCUACGCUAACGUCCGCCCGGUGAAGUCUGUUGGAGACGAUAGACCGGUCGACAUGGUUAUUGUUCGCGAAAACACUGAGGAUCUGUACGUCAAGGAGGAGACCAUCAGAACUCUGGAGGACGGAACCAAGGUGGCCGAGGCUAUCAAGCGCAUCUCCGAGACGGCUUCGUACAACAUUGGAAAGCUGGCGUUUGAGAUUGCUUUGCAGCGCGGCGCGGCCCGUGCUGGCGUGCCUUCUCUGCACCCGAACGGCCCGAUUGUUACGAUCACUCACAAGUCUAAUGUGCUGAGCACUACCGACGGUCUUUUCCGGGAGACCGUUCGCAAGGUGUACGAGGAAAACAAGGAGAAGUACGCCAGCGUUGCGGUGCAGGAGCAGAUUGUUGACUCGAUGGUCUACAGAAUGUUCCGCGAGCCCGAGAUCUUUGACGUCGUUGUCGCUCCCAACCUCUACGGUGACAUUCUUAGCGACGGUGCCGCGGCGCUUGUUGGAUCGUUGGGAGUUAUUCCCUCGGCCAACGUCGGUGACAGCUUUGUUAUUGGCGAGCCCUGCCACGGCAGUGCGCCCGAUAUCGAGGGCAAGAACAUUGCGAACCCGAUUGCGACUAUCAGAUCUACUGCUCUGAUGCUUGAGUUUAUGGGAUAUGCUGCGCCUGCGGCGAGAAUCCACAAGGCGGUUGAUGAGCAUAUGGUUGAGAAGAAGUUUGCGACCCCUGAUUUGGGCGGAAAGUCGACCACGUCCGAGGUCACGAACGACAUCAUCAAGAGAUUGUAAGAUAUAUGUCUAUAGAGACUAGUCUAUGCUGACUUAUGCUUCAU